CAUAGAUCCGACAAAUAUCCACAUGUAGAUGAUGCCCACCAUGCAGAUGAUGCGGGUACCAUUGAGCCAGUCUGGUCAAGGGCAAUGGAUGUGGGCGGACGCGGCGCUGAUUGGGUACCGCCCCUUCAAGCAGCUGAGCACCGAGCUGGCGUCUUGGAACCCGGCGAGAUGGAGCGAAGCCAUGAGCUUCGAGGAGCUGGCCGCGGAUCUGGAACGGCAGACGGAACUCAGACCCGUGCGCAUUUGGUCUACGGAUUUCGGGAAGGAGCCGGUAAAAAGGUUUCCGAGUCCGUUGGAGGCUGCUUGCUUCUUGAAGUCGGGCGCGAAUGCGGAGCCACAGGACGAGUGCCCUGAAAUGGAUUCGCGGGUCUCCAGAGGAGAGUGGUGGGAUGCAAUGGAGGGCGAGAAUCCCGAGUCCGAGUCGGAGCCGACUCAGUCGGAGGAUGAAGAUCACAGGGCGGAAGGUGACUACAGCUCAGACGCGCUGAGGAGGAUGACAGAAGGGCCUUUGGGCAUCUUCUUUUCUGCCAAGCUCCUGCUGCCCAGCCAGCUUUCCGCAGAGCUGCGAGCAAACUACCAGGCCUACAAAGCGAGCCUCAAGUUCGAGGUGCUGCAGGUGCCAGCUGACACGCGGCAAGAGGACUUCGACCGGGAAGUUGCAGGCGUGCCCUGGAGAGUCGUCCCCUUCAGAGACGAAGCUGCGCGAGUGGAAUUGAUGCAAAGGUUCCACGUGCAAUCCUUGCCGAAGCUCGUGCUCUUCUACCAAGACGGGACUUGGGACGAAGGCUUCCAGCCCCUGGAGAGCCUGAGGCUGGCGGCUGGGAAGGGACGGGAGGACUCCGCCCCUCCGCAGCCUUCGCAGUCACAGCCGGGUAGACCAGACACAGCGCUGCAGGCACAAGAAGGUGCCGAGCAGGGCAGCCUUGGUGAGCCAGCAUCAAGCGGAGUCGGUCCUAAAGGUGGAGGAAAGGGUCCUGCACAGCCCGGACCGGUCCCGGAGGGACAGGGUGUACAAGGACUGGUGGAUGAGGCUGACAAGGGAGAAGCCCCCAAAGAGACUGCCGAGCUUGAGCAAGGCGAGCCAGCGUCAAGCGGAGUCAAGGGGCCGAAGGGGAAGGGUCCCACCGGAGGAAAGGGUCCUGCACAGCCCGGACCGGUCCCGGAGGGACAGGGUGUACAAGGACUGGUGGAUGAGGCUGACAAGGGAGAAGCCCCCAAAGAGACUGCCGAGCUUGAGCAAGGCGAGCCAGCGUCCAGCGGAGUCAAGGGGCCGAAGGGGAAGGGUCCCACCGGAGGAAAGGGUCCUGCACAGCCCGGACCAGUCCCGGAGGGACAGGGUGUACAAGGACUGGUGGAUGAGGCUGACAAGGGAGAAGCCCCCAAAGAGACUGCCGAGCUUGAGCAAGGCGAGCCAGCGUCAAGCGGAGUCAAGGGGCCGAAGGGGAAGGGUCCCACCGGAGGAAAGGGCCCUCAACAGCCGGGUCCAGCCCCGGAGGGACAGGGUGUACAAGGUGCUACAUCAAGCGGAGUCAAAGGGCCGAAGGGUCCCAAAGGUGCAGGAAAGGCGAAGGCCAAGGCGGCAGGCUUCGCCGCGACACCUACUCGUCCUGAAGUGAAGUGCAAGUUCAAAGCCAAGCCUUUACGCUGGAAGCGGCUGCUUGACCAGCAGCUGGAGAACUCUGUCUUCAGGAACGAGGAUGUGCCUAUCAAUGAGGAGAGGCUUGCGGAGGUCUUCGCCAUUUCUGAAGAUAUGCCCCGAAGGAACACGAUCGCGGCCAUCAAAGUGUCACCCGAAACCGAAAAGGUGCGCGCUCAGCUUUGGGUGGAGACAGAAAAUCAGGCUGGCCGAGCAAAGGGAAUGGCGAUCCUCGGCGCCCUCUUUCACAAGCAGGCGUCUGAUGGAGAAGUCCUGGCCGAAAAGUUCCUGAGGCAGCUGGGUGUCCUGGAUUUGGAGGCCAUCAUCGAGGAUUCUUCCUUCGAAAGGGAUCGCUUUAACCAGCUGGUGCAGCAGGUCAGCAGCAUCACCAAGGAAGAGAAGCAGAGGCUUCUUGCGGAAGAUGCGGAGAAGAAGUACUCGUGGGAUAUAAAGGUUGAAGGCUUCUACAAAAGGCUGGUGGCAAUGCCGUUCAGCAUGGAGCGCUUGCUGGGUCUUCAAGGACAUUUGCGCAUGACUGAUGAGCUCCAGGACUUCUCCCAGAAGGUGCGGCAGCUCAGCCGCUGCGUCUCCGCGGCGCGAGGCUGCCAGGCGCUGUCCACGCUGCUGCUGAAGUUGCGCAGCAUUGGCAACCUUCUGAACUCCGGCAAUGAAUCGCUCGGCCGUGCAGAUAGCUUCGAUGUCGUUUCGCUUUUGGACACGACGGCAGACGCAUAUCGCGGUCAUGGCAACAUCUCGCUGCUGACGUACUUGAAGGAGAUCGAGCUAAGCUUGGAUGAGCGACGCCAACUGGGGGAGCUGGCAAAGGUCCUGGCAGAAUGUCGCAGACCCGAGGAAGCUGCAGAUCCUGGAGAUGUCCAGAAGCUGAAGCACAUUGCAGCGCAGCUUUUGGUGCACCACAGAGAGAAGCUCGAGAUGCCUUGGCACAGCGCGAUGGAGAGGAGAAAGUCCUCAGAGGCCCUGCAGGCGGCGAGCCUCGACCCAGAGCUCGUGAAGCGCGAGAUGGAAGCUCUGAGUCGGUACGAGGGCAUCUUGAAAGGGCACAAGGAGGGCGUCGAAGACUUGCAGGAGCAAUUGGAGCAGUUGGGGAAGGAUGUCCAGGACUUGCAUCGACAUUUAGCCUAUACUCCGCCGGAGACGAAGGAGCUCAGCGCAGGCCUUCCUUUGGCGGUGCUGGCGGAGGUGGCCAAAAAGCUGCAGCCGGACACAAAGAGGCAGAUGCGGUCGCGGGCAGAGACCAGGGGCUGAACUCUAGCCGGAUCGCGCCCGAUUUGUUUUUUGCAGGUCUGUGUCUUUUGAGGGCAC